AUGAAAGAGCUCGAGGAAAUGCACCCGGUGGCAUCUGCUUCCCUCGAGGAUAGUGAAAGAAGGGGCACUUGCGACUGGGAAGUACUCUGCAUGGCGGGCAAGAUGGCGACCGUCCGAGGCUCCGGUGGUGGUACGGACGUGAGCGUCGCCGACAGCCCCCUGGCGACGUUCGAGUCCCUCACGCAGGCCGCCAUCAUCGCCGUGAUGGGCGUGGCAAUCGUUGUUUCCAAUCUCCUCAUCAUCGCUGCCUUCCUCAACUUCAAAGGGCUGUCAAACGAGGUUAUCAACUACUACCUGCUUUCGCUGGCGGUAGCCGAUCUGCUGUGCGGGUUGUUCGUGGUGCCCCUUUCUGUCUACCCGGCAAUCACCGGACGUUGGAUGUUCGGUGACCUCAUGUGCCGCCUCGCGGGCUACGUCGAGGUCACCCUCUGGUCCGUGUCGGUCUACACUUUCAUGUGGAUAUCUGUGGACCGCUAUCUAGCGGUCCGAAAACCUCUCCGUUAUGAGACGGUUAGUGCGACGGUACAAACGCGCACACGCAGCCAAUGCUGGAUGGUUUUCACAUGGAUCUCCGCCGCCAUGCUCUGCUGCCCGCCCCUUCUCGGCUACAAGAAGGAGGCCAACUUCGACACGGAGACAUUCAUCUGCAUGCUCGACUGGGGCACCACAUAUGCGUACACCGCCACCCUCGCCAUCCUCGUGCUCGGCCCCAGCGUCAUCUCGAUCGUAUACAACUACUUCUACAUCUUCUCGAUGAAGAGGAAGCUCAGCAGCGGCGUCCCGAUCCACGACAAGGAGUACGCGACAGCGUUGGCGGAGAACCUCGCCAACCCCAGCCAUUGGAUGAGUUUCGUCUUGGUCACCGCUUUUUGGCUGUCCUGGAUCCCGUACGUCGGCGUCAGGCUUUACGAGUAUUUCGCGGGACACGAGAUUAAGAUGCCGAUGUUGCACUUUGGCGUCGUCUGGUUGGGAAUUCUCAAUUCGUUCUGGAAAAUCGUCAUUCUGAUAUCACUGAGCCCCCAGUUCCGAUUAGCCCUGAGAAUAUUAUGCUUGACGGCGUGCUGCCGCACAAAGGGACGGCUUCAAGCCGAGCUCAUUGGCAUGGACAACGAUGAU